UUAUGAACAUAGUUGGAACCUUUAAUUUAUUGAUGCUUUAUUAUUUCCCGUUCACGCUCUGUUACCUGGCAUCGCAUCAAUGGCGAAUCACUCAAGCAGCUUCGGCGGUCGCAGUGGAGUUCGAGUGGUGGUCGCCGGCGACCGCUCCACCGGAAAAUCGAGCCUGAUAGCCGCCAUAGCGACGGAGUCAUUCGCCGAGGCCGUUCCGCCGGUCCUUCCGCCCACCCUCCUGGCCCCUGAUUUGUACCCCGACACCGUUCCUCUCACCGUCGUUGACACACCUUCCAGCUUGGAGAAGCAGAGAAAGCGUAAUGAGGAAUUGAAAGCAGCUGACGUUGUGGUGUUAACCUAUGCUUGCAAUGACACCGCGUCGUUUUCGCGGUUGAGUUCUUACUGGUUCCCGGAGCUGCAGAAGUUGGAGGUGAAGGUGCCUGUAAUUGUGGUUGGUUGCAAGCUGGAUCUUAGGGAUGAAAGCCAGCAAGUGAGCUUGGAGUGUGUCAUGACACAGCUCCUGCAACAGUUCAAGGAAAUUGUCACCUGCAUUGAAUGCUCUGCUGCUACGCAAUACCAGGUACCUGAAGUUUUUUAUUUUGCUCAAAAAGCGGUACUUCAUCCGAUAGAUCCUUUGUAUGAUCAUGAAAGUCAAGCUUUAAAGGAUCGAUGUGUUAGGGCAUUGAGAAGAAUAUUUGUUCUUUGUGAUCGUGACAUGGAUGAAGCCCUUAAUGACACAGAACUAAAUGAGUUUCAGGUUAGAUGCUUCAAUGCACCAUUGCAAUCCUCUGAAAUAGCAGGAGUCAAAAGGGUUGUACAGCAGAAAGUACCUGAAGGAUUCAACUCACAUGGUCUUACUUUUCCUGGAUUUAUUUAUGUCCACAAUAUGUUCCUCAAAAAAGGGCGUCCAGAGACAUUAUGGGCUGUUCUAAGAAACUUUGGAUAUGAUAAUAAUUUGAAACUCAUGGAUGAUUUCCUUCCUGUUCCAUCUAAGCAUGCUUUCGAUCAGAGUGUGGAGCUGACAGGUGAAGCUGUAGAGUUUCUAAAUGGUAUCUUUCGACUGUUAGAUACAGAUAAAGAUCGAGCCCUACGACCUGCUGAAGUUGAUAAGUUAUUUUGUACUGCACCAGAAAGUCCAUGGGAUGAUGCUCUAUAUAAGGAUGCUGCUGAGAGAACUAACAUGGGUUACAUAUCUCUUAAUGGAUUCCUGGCGCAGUGGGUCCUUAUGACAUUACUUGAUCCACCAUGUAGCCUGGCUAAUUUGAUUUACAUUGGAUAUAGUGGUAAUCCAGCUGCUGCUCUUCGUGUUACCCGUAGAAGAGCAGUAGAUCGCAAGAAGCAAGCAACAGAAAAGAAUGUGUUCCAAUGCUAUGUUUUUGGUUCUAAAAAUGCUGGGAAGUCUGCUCUGUUGGAUUCAUUAUUGGGAAGGCCUUUCUCAAACAAUUAUACUCCAACAACUGUUGAGAGGUUUGCAGCAAAUUCCAUUGAAUUAAUAGGGGGAACCAGAAAAACUCUUGUGUUGCGGGAGAUACCAGAGAGUGAAGUAUCGAAUGUUUUGUCAAAUAAGGGUUAUUUGGCAGCAUGUGAUGUAGCUGUUUUUGUCUAUGACAGCUCAGAUGAACAUUCAUGGAAGAAAUCCAGAGAUUUGCUUGAGAAGGUUGGUAGACAAGGAGAUCUAACUGGUUAUAGAGUUCCUUGUCUCCUUAUUGCCGCAAAGGAUGAUUUAACUCCAUAUCCAAGGGCAGUACAAGAUUCAGUUAAGGUUACUGAGGAAUUGGGAAUAGAGGCACCUAUUCAUGUAAGUAUGAAAUUAGGCGAUUCAAGUAACGUGUACCAUAAGAUUGUCAAUGCUGCAGAGCACCCUCAUUUAAGCAUUCCAGAAACUGAGAUUGGGAGGAAAAGAAAGCAAUACCAUCGGCUUCUUCAGCACUCUCUUGUUUUUGCCUCAGUUGGGACUGCUAUGGCAUUUGUUGGUUUGGCAGCAUGUCGUGCAUAUGCAGUUAAAAAGAAUUCCUCUGGUUAGUCAUCAAGAAAAUUUAUAAUGGCAGAGCUGACUUAAAUUAACUGUUGAAUUCGUGUUCAGUAUUGGGCACACUAAUCUUGGUAACUUUAAGUUAGAAUAUAUUUUUUGUACAGUGUUACUAAUUUCAUUUAUUUUUCUUGCUAUAUUGGCUUCAUAUAUAGCUGCCAAAAUAUGAUUGUGGUCCGUGUCUGUUUUCAAUUUGAUUUUCAUUGUGUAUAUUUCAAGUUUAAGUUACAUUGACUAGAUGUAAUUACACUGAUGUCUCUUGUGGAGUUUGUUUGGAAUUAAAUAUUUCAGUACUUAUUUGAUUUGUAUAA